AUGUCGGCGCCAGCGACAGACGACAUGAAGGUCGACCAGCCCGAGACGAGCCAGAUCGACGAGGCCCUCUACAGCCGACAGCUAUACGUGCUCGGGCACGACGCCAUGAAGCGCAUGGCCGUCAGCAACGUCCUCGUCGUCGGCCUAAAGGGUCUCGGUGCAGAGAUCGCCAAGAACAUUGCCCUCGCCGGCGUAAAGAGCAUCACCAUCUUUGACCCCACGCCCGUCUCCAUCUCCGACCUCAGCACCCAGUUCUUCCUCCGACCCGAAGACGCCUCCUCGGGCGCACGACGCGACCAUGCCACCCAGCCUCGCCUCGCCGAGCUCAACACCUACGUGCCCAUCCGCGUCCUCGAAGAGGCCGAGCUCACAAAAGACGUCCUCGCCCGCUUCCAGGUCGUCGUCAUGACCGACGCCUCGUACGACGAGCAGCUCCGCAUCAACGACCUCACCCACGCCACCGGAACCCAUUUCAUCUCGGCCGAGGUGCGCGGCCUCUUUGGCUCCGUCUUCAACGACUUUGGCCCCGACUUUGUCUGCAUCGACCCUACCGGCGAGCAGCCCCUCUCGGGCAUGAUUGUCUCGGUGGCCAGCGACGCCGAGGGCCUCGUCACCACCCUCGACGAGACCAGGCACGGCCUCGAGGACGGUGACUAUGUCACCUUUAGCGAGGUGCAGGGCAUGGACGGCCUCAACGGCUGCGAGCCGAGAAAGGUGACGGUCAAGGGCCCCUACACCUUCACCAUCGGCGACACCACCGGCCUCGGCGAGUACAAGCGCGGCGGUACCUUUACCCAGGUCAAGAUGCCCAAGAAGAUCGCGUUCAAGUCGCUCCGCGAGAGCGCCAAGCAGCCCGAGUUCCUCGUCUCGGACUUUGCCAAGUUCGACCGCCCCGCCGCGCUGCACGCCGGCUUCCAGGCGCUGUCGGCCUUCAGCCAGAAGCAGGGCCGGCUGCCGCGCCCGCGCAACGCCGAGGAUGCCGACGCCGUCCUGGAGCUGACCAAGUCCAUCUUCCAGGCUUCGGGCCAGGACGCCGCCGACCUGCCGGAAAAGGUGGUGCGCGAGCUCGCCUUCCAGGCCUCUGGCGACCUCUCGCCGAUGGUCGCGUUCGUCGGCGGCUUUGUGGCGCAGGAGGCGCUCAAGGCGUGCUCGGGCAAGUUCCACCCGCUGGUCCAGCACAUGUACGUCGACUCGCUCGAGUCGCUGCCCUCGUCGGUGCCCGAGCUGCCCGAGUCCGAGUUCGCCCCGCUCGGCUCGCGCUACGACGGCCAGAUUGCCGUGCUGGGCCGCACCUUCCAGGACAAGAUUGCCAACACGCGCCAGUUCCUCGUCGGCUCCGGCGCCAUUGGCUGCGAGAUGCUCAAGAACUGGAGCAUGAUGGGCCUCGGCAGCGGGCCCGACGGCACCAUCCACGUCACCGACAUGGACACGAUCGAGAAGAGCAACCUCAACCGCCAGUUCCUCUUCCGCAGCAAGGAUGUGGGCCACUUCAAGGCCGACACGGCCGCCGCCGCCGUGGCCGAGAUGAACCCGGACCUCAAGGGCAAGAUCCACAGCCACCAGAACCGCGUCGGCCCCGAGACCGAGGACAUCUACGGCGACGCCUUCUUCGACCAGCUGACGGGCGUCACCAACGCGCUCGACAACGUCCAGGCCCGCCAGUACAUGGACCGCCGCUGCGUCUACUACGAGAAGCCGCUGCUCGAGUCCGGCACGCUGGGCACCAAGGCCAACACGCAGGUGGUGAUCCCGCACCUGACCGAGUCCUACUCGUCGUCGCAGGACCCGCCGGAGAAGUCGAUCCCGGUGUGCACGCUCAAGAACUUCCCCAACGCCAUCGAGCACACGAUCCAGUGGGCGCGCGAGCAGUUUGACGACUUCUUCCUUAAGCCUGCCGAGAACGUCAACCAGUACCUCUCCAACGCCGACUACCUCGAGACGACGCUCAAGAGCGGCUCGGGCCAGCGCGAGCAGCUCGAGCAGAUCAAGCAGUACCUCGUCGACCAGCGCCCUCUGUCGUUUGAGGCCUGCAUCGCCUGGGCCCGGCUCAGGUUUGAGGACAACUACAGCAGCACCAUCCGCCAGCUGCUGCACAGCCUGCCCGCCGACAGCGUCACAUCGACCGGCCAGCCGUUCUGGUCCGGGCCCAAGCGCGCGCCCAAGCCGCUCGUGUUUGACGCCGAGGACCCCACCCACCUCGACUACGUCGUCGCCGCCGCCAACCUGCACGCCGCCAACUACGGCCUCAAGGGCGAGACGGACCCGGCCUACUUUAAGAAGGUGCUGGCCAGCGUGCCGGUGCCCGAGUUUGUGCCCAAGUCCAACGUCAAGGUGCAGAUCAACGACAACGAGCCGGUGCAGAACGCCGGGGCCAACGACGGGGGCGAGGCGGACCUGACCGAGAUCACGAGCAGCCUGCCGACGCCGGCGUCGCUGGCGGGUUUCCGCCUGCAGCCGAUUGAGAUGGAGAAGGACGACGACACCAACCACCACAUCGACUUUAUCACGGCCGCGUCGAACCUGCGCGCCAGCAACUACGGCAUCACGCCCGCCGACAAGCACCAGACCAAGGGCAUCGCGGGCAAGAUUAUCCCGGCGAUUGCGACGACGACGGCGUUGGCGACGGGCCUGGUCAACCUGGAGCUGUACAAGGUGCUCGACGGCAAGAAGGAGCUUGAGGUGUACUCGAACGCGUUUGUCAACCUGGCGCUGCCGUUCCUGGCGUUUAGCGACCCGAUUGCGGCGCCGCGGCUGCGGUACAACGACACCGAGUGGACGCUGUGGUCGCGGUUCGACAUCCAGGAGGACAUGGUGCUCAAGGAUUUCAUCGAGCACUUCAAGAGCCAGCACGGCCUCGAGAUUAGCAUGAUUUCGAGCGGCGUGUCGAUGCUCUUUUCGGCCUUUUUGCCGCCCAAGAAGCGCGACGAGCGGCUCAAGAUGCGCAUGAGCGAGCUCAUCGAGACGGUGAGCAAGAAGCCCAUCCCGGCGCACGCGACGCGCGUCAUUGUCGAGGUCAUGGCCGACGACGCCGAGGGCGAGGACGUCGAGGUGCCGUUUGUCGUCGUCAAGGUCAAGUAG